AUGGCAGUAAAGUCGCACGUUUUAAUCUGGGUACAUGGAUAAAGCAUUGACUUACCGGUCUUCUCUUAUAGUCUUUGCGUCCGUCCGUCCGUCAAGAUGAUGUUUGUCAAGCUUUGCGCAGACGGAUCAAAAUUUUCGGGACAUCUUAUUGGUUGCAGGCCACGUGGUUAACAAACGGACGGACAAAGGCAAGUAUUAUGAUUCCGGCCUUAACCUUAUUUACUGUAAUGUACUACCGAUACGCGAGUAAAAUGUUUAUGAUAUAUGGUCGUUGAUGUUUACGACACUUUGAAGAGGUGAGAUUUUUAGAUGCGCAAUUCUUUCCAUUUUCUGGUGUCAAAUUAUGUAAAUAUGUAGAAAAUCGGACCAUUUUGAACUUAAAUUUUAUUACUCACAAAGUGUUUCUCGACAAUGCUGCAUACGUAACAAUAACGCAAUUUUGUUUUUACAUAGUUGAUCAGCCCUUAACCUGAUAAACUAGUAUAAUUUGAAGGGGCACACUACUAUUCUAGCCGUCACGUGUGAAUCUUUUAGAAUCACAAAUAACUUGACGUAAUUUCCUAAAUUAGCUUAUUUCCCUUGAGGAAAAAAAAAUCAAAGGUAAAUCUGUAUUGUACGGAUUAGCGCCAAAAAAAAUCGUACAAAUAUGAAAUAACUUUCAUUAUAUGCUGUCUUACGUCCUCUUUUCAGAACCGCCUGCGGAGAUAAAAAAUUCCAAUUACUUUUGGAUAUAUCGAAUUUUUUAACAUUCAUUUUUUGGCGAUUUUUUUAAAAAACAUUUUUAAAAAUCCGAAAAUACCUUUAUUCUGUGCUCUUUAACUUCCUCUUUUCAUUAAACCCGGCGGAGAUCAGAAAUUCCAAAUACUUUAGGAGAUAUGGAAUUUUUUAAUUUUCAUGAUGUGCACUCAUGCGGCGUUGAGCGGGAAGCCUACGAUUCACACAUCCUUCUGGACAUACCCGAAUACUCACUUUGGCAAGCCUUCUUUUCUUAAAAUUAGCAAGAAGUAAUUAAAAAUACUUUAAAACACUGUGGAUGGUUGGUUAUAUUAGGUAAGUAUAGCUACAUUAAAAAAACUGUAAAAUCAUUUUAUGGUUGCUUAGCAAAUAACUUUUUAAUAUGUAGCUAUCCAGCGCUAGGAAACCGUUUACAUGAUUUCACAGUAUUUUUAAUGUAGCUAUCCUAACCAAAUCAACCAUCCACAUUGUUUUGAAGUAUUUAUAAUGUAGCUAACAUAACCUAAUUGACCAUUAGUUUUCAUGAGUUGCAUAUUUAUUUACAAUAAACAAAAAAAAAAAACCGAAGAUGCACGAUCGGGCGUUUGCCUCUCGUCUGUUGAAAGAAGGCUUGCCAACGUGAGUAUUCGGGUAUGUCCAGAAAGAUGAGUGAAUCGUAGGCUUCCCGCGUUCACCAUUGUUGCUUGUUUACAAGUAUGAUUUUUUUUUUUUUUUUUUUCGCGACGUAGUUGAACGACUACAUCACGUAAAAUGAAAAUUAAGCUGAUGUGGGUCAUGGCAAUAUUGCCAACUCCAAACCCGCUCUAUCGCAUUAGUGGAAAUGGAAGAGCAAGAUUAUUCCAGUUACAAACAUUCCAAAGCUAUGCUAAUGGAACACAACAAUGGGACGACAUUUGCAGAGACAGUGACAGUACUUUUGCCUGUGCCGCUGGGAAUUGUUCUUACUAGUUUGACACUAAUAGUACUAUCUUCGCAUCAACUUCUUGCAUCAAAAUUAUGGGCACAAUUUUUGAUUGAGUUUUGCUUAGUGGUUUUACCGCUUUUGUUCAGUGUAACAGUUUGGUCUGAUUUUUCGUACCUGUUAGUAACUUUGAUGGCUUCAGCAUGUAUGAUUCUGUUACUGUCUUCCGUUGGAGCUGCCUGGAAGGCCGGAAGUGUGGCACUGUCGAUACCAAUUAAGGAGGCUAAGAGGCCUUACAUCACAAAUUUUAGGUCGUCUAUAAAUUUGACGACAUGCUUGUGCAUACUGGCAGUGGAUUUCUCCAUAUUCCCGCGCCGCUUUGCAAAAACGGAGUCUUUCGGAUUCAGCCUCAUGGACAUGGGAGUCGGGGGGUAUAUUUUUGCCAAUGCCAUCGUAUCCAGGGAAGCGCUUGGAGCCAGAAGGCACGCUCCCUCCUCGGCUGUUUGGAAAGCCACGGUCAGCAGCCUCCCUCUGAUCGUGUUGGGCGUAGCAAGACUGCUGUCAACACGCUCGCUCGAUUACUACGUUAACGUUACGGAGUACGGGCUUCAUUGGAACUUUUUUUUCACGCUGGCCAUUUGCAAAGUCUCAAGCACAGUUUUGCUGUGUGUGUUCCAUGCAGGUUAUUCUGCAUUCCUGUCUGUCUUCGUGAUGUGUCUGCACGAGUUUCUGCUCGCGUCUGGAGUACAGGACUGGGUGUUGGGCCCAGCCCCUAGAUGGGAUUUCCUCUCGGCGAACCGAGAAGGCAUUAUCUCGUGCUCUGGUUACGUGGCUCUGUACUUGGCGGGAGUCUGUGUUGGCCGCCUGCUGCAUUCCAAAAGAACAUUCCUUCGAGAUUACUUGCAUCUUGCGGCAGAACUGCUGUGUGCAAUGUUGUUGUUUUCAGCACUCGGAAUAUUUUGGCAGAGGCACCUGGGUGCAUCGAGGCGGCUUGCCAACUUCGGGUACUUCUUUCUGACUGUUGCGUACAACCUAACUUUCCUUACAGUAUUUCUGUUUGCAGAACUGGUUACUACGAUUCUUGAACAUAAAACCAAUCAAAAACAUAUCAACAGCAAGACUGGUGAAAAUAAACUUUUAACAAAAGUAGUGUUUGUUCCUACUAUUCUAGACAGUUUUAACUAUAAUGGGUUGUUAUCUUUCCUAAUUGCGAAUUUGUUUACAGGAUGUGUAAAUUUGUACAUGAGGACAAUACAAGAGCCAGUUUUUGGUGGUACGGUUAUUUUAAUUUUGUAUAGCUUUCUGUUAUGUUCAAUAGUAGUUUUAUUUUCUAAGCACAUUCACUUUAAAGUAUGGUAAAUUGUGUAGGUUACAAAUUGUCAUGCUUGAGUAAUAGCAUAUUUCUAUGAAGGAAAAACUGUAUAGGCUCAUUUCUUAGAAAUGAACUGUGUACCUAGUUCAUUAUUUUCACUGUAAUAUUGUACAAAAAUAAAACCUGGUUCUUGUAUUUUAUCAUUAUGAAUUAUCUUGUAAUUAUGUAAUUUUGAUAUUUAAUUAUUUUAUUUAUAAAAGCUUUUUAACUAUGUUUUUUAAGUUUGUCACAAUGUUUGCUGGGCUACUAUUUAUGUAAGUGUGAAUUUCCAUACAAGUUUUCAUUAAAAUAUUUUGUACAUAAAAA